GGCGCAUCAUCAUAUUAUCAUUUGUCCUGGUGGCCCCUCCAUCACUUGUCCCUCCAUCAAGAUUCAUCCUGUGUCAUAGAGACCUCACAAACAACCACUUCGACCAUUUCCGCAAACAUGGCUUCAGAGACCAGUUCCACCACACCUUUACCUGUACCUACAAGCAGUAAAGAUUUGCCAGCCGAACUACGAUAUAUACAAUAUGAGCAUUCUCUCGAAAAACAAUAUCUGCCCUCGAUUCGAGCUUUGAUAUCGAAAGAUUUGAGCGAGCCAUAUAGUAUCUAUGUCUAUCGAUAUUUCUUAUACCAAUGGGGGGAUUUAUGUUUUAUGGCACUCGACCCCUCUCUCCCUCUAACCCCCACAACUACCCCUCCCCUCCACGGCAUCCUCAUCGCCAAACUCGAAACCCAUUCCUCCCACUCCCCACCCACUCUCCGCGGAUACAUAGCCAUGCUCGCGGUUUCAUCCUCCUUUCGCGGUCGCGGUAUCGCUACCAAAUUGGUCAAAUUGGCCAUUGACGCGAUGGCCGCCAGAGGAGCAGAUGAAAUAGUUUUAGAAACCGAAGAGGGUAAUGUGGCCGCAAUGAGAUUAUAUGAACGAUUGGGAUUUGUGAGGAGUAAGAAGUUGAAUAGAUACUAUUUGAAUGGGAGUUGUGCAUAUAGGUUGGUCCUGCAUUUGAAGAGAGUGGGCGACAUGACUGGGAUGGUGGAGGGAAGGGAGGAGGAUUAUAUUUAAGGCCGUUUUGUGAGGGGUUAUGAAACUACUAUUGAUGGUGAAAGAUAAAUAUUCAAAGGUCGAGUACUAUCGCAAAGUAAGGGAGGUUUGGAGGUAAAGAUGGAAACGAAAUAGAGGUAGCGAUGUGGGGUCCCGAUGAUAAUGGGAGAAAUGCUGAGGUUAUACAUUGGGAUCUGCAUUGAACUUUAUGCCACCAUAGUCUCCACAUCAGCAUGCUGGUUAGUUAGUGGAAGAGGAUGCGUGGAGAAACUGUCAGACAAGAGAAAUUCCAGAGAUGGCGAGGGCAGAGAAGAAGAUAUCUCGUCUAGAUACAGCAUACCACCACGAAGAAACGGUGAUAAUCGACUAAAAGAGUAAGUAAAUGUUGCUCAUUGUCCGCAAGAGAUUUUGGGAGAGGCAAGAUAGGCAGUAGAAACUUCCAAUCUUGCCUGCUUGUACCCAAAGAAAUUAUCUGUAAACCCCAAAUUGAAAAGUUCAAUCUCCAAUUUGCCUAGCCGGCUGUCAAUUAAUAAGAAAAGUUGUCCUAUAAGAUCA